UUUCAAUUAAGUUAGCAUGAUUCUUAUAAUCUCUUUGCUUUAUUGCUUACCCAAUUUAUCAAGAAGAGAGUGCAUACCAACUUAGGAUAACAUCAGCUUAGCGAAAAUGAAUUAUUUAACUGGACAUGUAGCAAACAAAAAUAACAUCAUAAAAAUAAUAAUAUCUAUGCAAUUUAGAUUUUACCUUGAAUACAACUACAGUUGUCAAUCUUCCCACAUCUUCUUUAAAUUUGUAUUGUGAUUAUAACUCAUUCGCUAAAAAAAAAAAAAUACAAGUAGAGACCUUAAAUUCUUAAUCCUUAUCGAUCCAAAAAUGAAAAAAAUAAUCAUAAAAAAUGGUAACCUCGGCGCACAAAAACGGGGGAAACAAAACAAAGGAGACAUUAAAUGUGAACUUACAAACGCCGCGUGGGUGUCUCUCUCCUCCUCUACGGACUAUUUAAAACUCCCCUCCUUUCUUUUACUCCAUUUCCUCAUUACUUCCUUCCUUUCUCUUUUAUACUCUCUUCUUCUUCUCCUUCUUCACUCUCUCACCUCACUUUCUCUAAUAAGCUAUUAUCUUCUUCACUCUCCUCGUUUUCAUCCUAUUCUCAGAUUUGUAAUCUUUUUCCUCACAUUUUGCUCUGAUAAUCAUCAAUUUCUAUGCAAUAUUCCUGAUCAAUUUUUCAACUAGGAAUUGAAAUUUCAUUUCAUCCACAAUUUUCUCCUGUAAUCAGUUCCUGAAUACGUUGAUAAAUCAGGUUACGAAAAUCAACAAUAAUUGACUGAAUUUCCAGAUUGUUGUUAAUGGCGUCGAUAAUUUCGAAUUACGAACAACACACAGAAGAUACAUCACGAGAAUCAAAGAGGAAAAAGCGUCGAAGAAUAGACACCGUCAAUCAAAAUCAAUCAAACCAAAACAACAACAAUCAAAAUCAAAUACGAUGGAGAUCAGAAGCAGAACAACGAACUUACUCAUCAAAACUCGUCGAAGCUCUCCGACACGUUCGCCGCCGUAAUCCUACUCCGGCGCCGGUUUCCGGAAGCCGAGCCGUCCGUGAAGCCGCCGAUAAAGCCUUAGCCAUAGCCGCCAAAGGUCGUACUCGUUGGAGCCGAGCCAUUUUGACAAAUCGGCGUAAGCUUCGGCUUAAGAGCCAUAAAAAGGCUAAAGUUCGUUCAAAGUUGCCUCUGCCACCGGUUACCGGGAGUAGCCGGUUGUUAGGGGAGAAAGAACGACAACAGAAAUUACCGCCUCUUGAGAAGCGUGUAAAGGUUCUUGGCCGGUUAGUUCCCGGUUGCCGGAAACUAUCUUUCCCGAAUCUUCUAGAAGAAGCUACGGAUUAUAUUGCUGCUUUACAAAUGCAAGUGAGAACCAUGGCUGCUCUUGCGGAAAUUCUAGCCGGUUCAAGUUCCGGUUCAAUGGAAAUUGAUUUAUCGAGUAGUUGACUCGAGUCACGGCUUAGCAAACCCUCUUUUUUUAAUUAAUUAAUUUUUAAUUUUUUUGGUUUAUUGUUUUUUUUGCCUUUUUUUUUUUGGAUAUUUAAUUGAAUGUAUUUUAUUGUAUACAACUGGCUUUUUUUUUUUUUUUUUUUUUUUAAUUUUGGAGCUAUUAGUUCCUUAGUUUUUCUUGUUUUAGCUCAAACCCAUGUGAAAAUUUCAUUAUUAAUGCCUUUAUUUUUAGGGGAUUAAUAUUUGGGAAAAAUGAUUUAUUGGACAGACAUUCACAAGAAAAAUAAAUUAGAAUAGUAGUAGUAGUCAUUAAAUGGGAACAUGGCACCUAAUAAUGGAUCUUUGUACUGAAGUGCUGGAGGGCGGUUGAGUUCCCUUUUUAUAGGGGCAUAUUAUUGAUUAAUUGGGACUCCAUCCAACCAUGUUCUUGGGUUUUUGGUCCUCUUUAUUUGUAAAAGGUCAAAUACCCCUCCAAAGUUAAAAUAAAUUUUUGUAUCAUUGGGUGUUUAAACAUUUGGGGUUGUUGAUUAAUCUAGUUUUGUAUGAUUGCACCAUUAUUGAUUUAUGUUCUAUUCCAAUAAAUUAAUGUUUUUGUUUAUACCAUCAUGA